UGGUAGUGUUUCGCGAGCUGCUCGUGACUCUUGGGCUGCAUCGUGUAGCUAAGCACAACGUAGCGGACCACAAACUGUGGUUCCCUUUGUUACAAAUAAACAAACUUAGCAUUUCAAGUUCAACCGGACGUGUCCUCAAAACCUGCCAUUCCACGUUCACGUGAAUCCGCGGGGGGCAACAUGGCGAAGUCCUUCCACCUGAACACGCCUCUGCUGGAGAGCGCCGGCAUGUCCAAGCGCACCGGGACCCCCGUGUACCUGAAGAUGGAGAACUCGCAGCCCUCCGGCUCCUUCAAGAUCCGCGGCAUCGGACACCUCUGCCAGCAGCUCGCCGCAGAGUCCAAAGGAGUCGUCUGCUCUUCAGGCGGCAACGCGGGUAUGGCUGCAGCCUACGUGGCCAGACGAAUGAAUAUACCGGCAACCAUCGUGGUUCCCUCCUCGUCUCCUCGGCUGGUUCUUCAGGCACUCCGGGAUCAAGGCGCUACUGUCAAGACCGUAGGCAGGGUUUGGGACGAUGCCAAUGCCGAGGCUCUCAGGCUGCAGCGGACCGAAGGGCUCACCUACGUCCCUCCGUUUGAUCACCCGCUGCUCUGGCAGGGCCACGCCAGCGUGAUCGCCGAGGUCGCGGCGUCCCUGGGCCCCGGCGAGAAGCCCGGCGCCGUGCUGGUGUCCGUGGGCGGAGGCGGGCUCCUCUGUGGCGUCGUCCAGGGCCUGAGGGACGCGGGUUGGGCGGACGUGCCCGUCGUCGCCAUGGAGACGGCGGGGGCAGACUGUUUCAACGCCGCGGUCAAGGCGGGGAGGUUGGUCACCCUGGACGACAUCACCAGUGAGGCAAGGUGUCUCGGAGCGAAGACGGUGUGCAAGAAGGCUUUUGAAUACAGCCAGUGCAGCGAGCUCACCAUCAUCUCUGAACUGGUGACGGACCGGCAGGCUCUCCAAGCUGUGGAAACAUUCCUAGACGAGGAGCGCGUCCUGGUGGAGAUGGCGUGCGGCGCGGCGCUGGCAGCCGUCUACAGCGGGGUGGUGCGCAGGUUACAGGAUGAAGGUCGGCUGCCGGCUCUCUUGGGCCCCCUGGUGGUGAUUGUGUGCGGCGGCAGCAGCAUCGACAUGGAGCAGCUGACCCACCUCAAGAACAAGCUGCAGGCCUAAAGUGUCAGCAACAGUUCAGUGAAUGAUGGAGCGGAACAAUGAUGAUUAAAACUAAGAACUGCAGUUCUUCUAUCUAGUCUAGAGGCAAAUCUGUGAUUUACAAUGUUGGUACCUAAGAAAUGUGGUGCUAUUCUAUUAAGUGUCCCUGAGCAAGACACCUAACCCCUAAUUGCUCCCCAGGCAAAGAUGUAAUGCACGGGUUGUAAUGCAAUGUAAGUCGCUUUGGAUAAAAGCGUCAGCUAAAUAACAUGCAAUGUAAUUAUUGUGGUGUCAUUCUUAGGUUGCAUAAAAUGUGAAAAUGCAAUGAUAUUUCUUAAGUUACGAGCUAAUGAUAUAGUUAUUGAGGUGUGAAUGUGGUUAACGUGCUCAGUCAAACUCCGGCCUUUCCCCACACGGGGGUGUCCCUGCUCACUUUCACAGAGUCCAAACAAUUCAGCACCUUUUGUGCUGAAUUGUUUUGUGACACUUUCACCAACACAUGACAUUUUUCAGCUCAGUCAAUCUGUGUUGGGUGUAGGAAGUUAUCGCCAUGGAAACCGCUUCUCACUGUUCUGUCUGCAUCAGAGAGACGUCAAAGGAAAGUGUUUCAUUCAACAACACGCUUGUAAGUCUGUUUUCAUGAAAUUCCGUCAAGAUG